AUGGUAACAUCGGCCGCUUGGCAACUCCAUGCUACGACGUAUGCGAUAUAGAAGACCCUGCUUUAGCCAUCUGCAUGAGGAAAGUCGGCAUGAAAUGCAGCCAAGAGAAAUAGUCAUGUGCAAGUUAAUCUAUCACGAAUUUCAAAUGUCAUCCAUAGAUAAGGUAUUCUCCACAGCGUGCGGCUCUAUAUAACGUAACGCUAUGUCCUACUCUAGGCUCUUGAGCCGGUGAAUCUUAUCUCCAAGGACAUUGGUUAGGUCACAAUGAUGUCCCUUAAGUUUCUAGCACUCAAUGCCAUAGCAUCAUUCGUUGUAGGAUCUCCCGUGCCUUUCCCUAGGAGCUUCCACAUUUCCGUGAGGGAGGACAGACCAUUCAAUGCGAGUCUCCCUAAUGUAACUAUUUUCGCGACUGGAGGCACGAUCGCAGGAAGCGCGAGCUCAAGCGAUCAGACUGCUGGGUACAAGGCCGGAGUGCUUGGCGUUGAUGGCCUAAUCGAUGCCGUGCCGCAGCUGCGAAACGUAUCCAAUGUCCGCGGGGUUCAAGUAACGAAUGUCGCAUCGUCAAGUAUCACGCCCGAGAUUCUUCUCAAUAUAACACGGCAAAUACAGAAAGAGCUAGAUAGCCCGAACUGCCAGGGUGUCGUAGUGACACAUGGCACCGACACGCUCGAGGAAUCCGCCUUCUUCCUCGACCUAACGUUGCGCUCCGAGAAACCCGUCGUCAUCGUCGGCGCCAUGCGCCCCGCCACAGCUAUCAGCGCUGACGGACCAAUUAACCUACUCGAAGCCGUAACCCUGGCCGCACAUCCAGACGCCCGAGGUCGGGGCGCUAUGAUUGUGUUAAACGACCGCAUCGCAAGUGCGUUCUUUACAACGAAGAGUAACGCGAAUUCUCUAGACACAUUCAGAGCCGCUGAGCAGGGAUUCUUGGGCUUCUUUUACAAUAUCAAGCCCAAGUUCUACUUCGCACCCGCACUACCGUACGGAAAGCCGUAUUUCGACGUUGGUAAUGCGACUUGCCUUCCGCAGGUUGAUAUUCUGUUCGGCCAUCAGGGACUUAACCCCGCUCUAGCGUCUGCGGCUGUUGCGAGUGGUGCUAGGGGUCUUGUGCUUGCUGGCAUGGGAGCGGGAUCAUGGACUCCGGAGGGAUCGGAUGUUAUUGAUGAUGUCGUAGAGAAGAGUGGCACAAUUGUGGUUGACUCGCGACGAUCGAUGGAUGGUUACGUCCCGCCGUACGGCCCUGGUGGGUAUGGGGGUGGUCUUCUGAAUCCCCAAAAGGCGCGCAUCAUGCUGCAAUUAGCAUUGAAUGCCGGAUAUACGAGUGCUCAGAUGCAGAGUCUAUUCGAGUUUGAUGGAUAGACUAUGAAGUGAUCAGUUCCAAACGACGUCGCGGUGUAUUCUACAGCGAUUGAAAAUUAAUUGUGCUGUCCAUAAUUCAGCUCUUAUUAAUAUCUAGGCGCUGAAGCCCAUGCUCAUCUAGCAUUAUAUUAUAUUAAAAAACAGAUACAAACCCAACAAGUAUCGCGACGAGGAGUGAUAGUGGUAAAUCGAAGAAAGCUGAAGCGCGCAUGGCUAUCAUACUCGCCCCCUGGGAUUUAUCGCUGUUGGCUGUGCCGGGAGAAAUAUUGCCUGCUGAGUUCGGGUCGAUUGUGAAUGUUCGUUUUGCCGCAGAUGCUAGGGCGUUAUUGGCAAAAUCCGAAGACCUCCAAUCUGACCAAUCGUGUGUCAAUAAGCCCCUAAUGAAAUUUGAUUGUUAGAUUGAUGUUUUAGCAUUCCAAGGGCAAUGCUAAGCUACAUCAUAUGUACUACAGCAAGGAAGGGAUGUUACGAAACUUACCAGCUUUCAUCGUGAUCCUGAG